AUGCAGAGGCAGCCCAUACCACCCGCUAGAGGUCAUAAGCAAAGGAUAGUAAGUUCUACCAACUUACUGUUUUAAACUUUUAAAAUGAAAUUGAUCGUGGAAAGAUCUAGACAGAAAUUGAGAAGUCCUAGCCGAUGUAAGGAUAUCAUACAUUCCUCAUAGCUCUUGUGUCUAUUCAUUUAUUCGUUUAUAUCAUUCUGUACAAUGUUUUCUUCGAUUCUUGCUUUGGUUCUGUAGAAGUCGUCGUUUGACCCUGAAAGGGGACGUUUGUCGAGCAUCAAACCGAGGACGUUGUUCGAGAAAUGUGUCGAAUGCUCCGUUGCAUUUGAAGCCUAAGCUUUAAUUUAUUAAUGUCAGAAAACAUUUGGAGUAAUCUAUAUGAAAUAUGUGUGCUCCUGGAAAACAGUGUAGGCGCAUUCAGAAAAGUGAACCAACUCCAAAGUUAACUUCAUUUCAUCGUGUUAUUAUCAAAACAGAAUAACUUUCAGCUGCAGGGUCAACUGUUCACAUCCCUUACUCACUGUUUUGAACGAAAGAUUGAUGAAAUGCGCAUUAAAUCUUUAUCAGGGGUUUCAAUAACUUUUUCUAUGUGGCUUUUGAUGGUGUGUUAGGUGUCUUUGCCUGGUACAUUGGCUUUGAGGCCUCUUUUCCCUUGGGAGGUUUUAGAGGCAUGCUAAACAGACAGUGGUUAGAAGUCUUACAGGCAGGGGCAGACUGCCAGUAACCAGCUUUCAUUAAAACCCCUGCUCUUAAUGGUUGUACUUUGUCCAUUAGUGUUGGGAUGAUCAAUUGGUAGUUGAUAAAUGGACUGAAAUUUGAAUCGUUGUAAGCUACUUCCUCCUGAUACUCUUUAGUGAAAAAAAUUUAUGCAGCACCUCCUAUCCAUCUCAAAGAGGAGACAAUGGUACUGAACAGAUAGAAGUUUUGUCUUGGUGUGAUAAACAAAGUAAGGUGAAUUGUUCUUAAUGUAUGAGCCUGUGGCCAGCAAUCAGUCAGUAGUGAAGGUCAAAGAAAGAUCAGAAUGGCAAAACUGUUGGGGGUCUGGAAAAGGAAAAUUGGAAGGGAGGCAUGUAGGCAUCAUCUGCAUUUUCAAAACCAUGUGCAAUGUUUGGCAAAACAAAGAAAACAACUGAUCUAUAAGAUGAACUGUGUGUCUGUUUUCUGAUUGAUCAUUUAAGGUAACAACUCAUCACAGGGCUUAUAUUAUGCAGUUCUUGGAGGAAUUGCUGAAAAUUUUUGAUAUGUUGUUGGUAGGAACACUGUGGCUGGCUGCGUAAGCAAGGUGGCAGAUACAGAAACUUCAGAUCAAGAUGGUUUGAACUGAAAGGAGAUCAGCUGUAUUAUUUCAGAGACAAUAAUGUGAGUAUAUGGUGAACCAUGUACUUUUCCCAAAGCUAUCCUUUUAAACUUUUAUCCUUAAAUCUUUGUACAGUCAUACAUAUAGCACACAAUGAUUAAAGGAAGAAAGGCUUGACCCUUUACACUGUAACAUCAACAUGCAAGUUCUUUACACUUUUCUCUGUGCAUUUCUUAUGGAGAAUUUGUUUAGUAAUCAAGAGCUUCUUGAAGUUGGAGUCAUUUCCUUUAUUCUCUUGACUCAAAUGUUUGAUUCAGAUGUAUUACCUCUGGGGUAAAUUAGAUGCUUAUCAUUCUAAGGAGUUAAAGGGUUUGUUGAUUACAAAUACUUAUCAAGGAUUUUUUUUCCUAACUGACUACUAUAAAUUUCAUUGUACAUUAGACAGGAAUAUUCUUUGUUUAAAGCUGAUAGUAUUGUGUGUUCUCAUAACCUGAUGGAAAAAUAGCAUAUUGGAAUUGUAAGGAGAGGCUGUAUGGUAAUGACUUGUGGAAGUUAAGGGGUUACAUGUGUGAAAUAGUACCUAUUUAGAGAGAGUCAUCCAGACUUGGUGAUAAAGCAUGUGUCUUUUGAUCAAUUAAGUGCUUACUGUUAAUUUAUAGUUUGAUAUAAAAAUGUGAUGCUUGCUCCACCAGGAUUGGACAAUUUACAAUCAUACAAGUACUCAGAAAUAUUAUGAUUGCUUUGUCAAACUUUUUUUGUCAGUGUUAAGAUAUCUGUAUAACUUAGGUGUAUGUUUCUUUUUUACUCUUAGGAACCAAAGACACCCAUUGCUUCCAUCCCUUUACCAGGAAAUGAGGUUGUUAGACACCCACCCGAUCCUGGAGAGCCUGGAAAAUUUAAAUUUGAAAUUGUUGGUAAGUUUAUUAGUUCUUUUUAAUGGUAGUGAAAAAAUGACUUCCUACAUGUAUUGGAGAAGUAGACAAGUUAAAAAUCAGUCCAUUCAUUUCUUCCCUUGUCAUCUCCUUGCUUUCCUUCUUCAUUCACUUCCUUCUUCCUUUUAAUUUAUGAUCUGGUAUUUUGGUCACUCUUCUUUGACUAGAAUAUUGUUUCCAGUUCACAUAAUCCAAAAGCAAAGAUAAAGAUAUCUCUGUGAACCAGUAAUCAUUUUCUUGGAAAUUCAUUGUGUCAUUGCUGUGCAUGUAUGCUUUCUAUUGUGAUUAUUUAUAUUUCAGCUGGGAAGAACAGAGAAGGGCGACCAGUGUCAAGUAACCAUGAUACGUUUCUCUUGAUUGCAUCUUCACAGCAGGAAAUGGAUGAAUGGAUUCAAGCCAUAAAUAGAAUAAUUUAUGCUGUGAGUUGUGUAAAAUUACUUUAAGUUAAUGACAGUAAUUCAGCAUCAAUAGUUAUCUUAUGAUCAGGUUAUUUAAUCUGAUUGUCAAGUCCCCUUUUCACUUCAUUCCAUUGCUUCAAAGAGUAACUUAUCUCCUAUUACAUUUGCCAAAGUAUUUUUGUAUCAUUUGGAUGGUUUUGCUGCCUGUCAUUUCUGUUUUAACUGCUAGUGCAGUAGUGUCAUGUAGGAAUUUUGUUGCUUGAUUACUUCCUGUUUUGUUUACUUUGCUUUGUUUUUUAAAGCUUAAAAUGAAACACUGAGUGACUUUUGAUGAAAGAAAUACUGUUUCAUCUAAGAUGAAAAUUUUAAUAAAUUUCACCUUGGAAAUGUUGCUCACAGAGAGAGUAUACUUGGAGUUUGGCCCCAAAAUCUCACAAAUGUUAAAACAAUUUUGUAAAACUCUGGUAUUACUUAGCAUUACAUUUGAAUACAAAACUCUUAAAUUGUCUUGAAAAUAUUACACUUCACUGACAAAUGUGUUGAAUUAGUUAUCUACAUCAAUGUUAAUAGUUGGGUGGUGUCCAAUUUUCACAACUUUUUACCCCUUCACUCUCCUCACUGCAGCAUUUUUUGUGCUUGUUUGGCUGAUAUUAUGUCACAUGAGAUAAUAGUUAGAUUAAUUCUUAUGAUUCCAAAGUUACUGUCUGUUGUUAAUUUAUAUGUUCAACCAUUUUGAGGUUUAAAGGUUUAAAACAGAUGGUAUGAACUAGUAGAACUCAGUUACUGUGCUAUAAACAACUUUACAUUAGGUCUUAAUGACAUAAUUAUAUGCUCCCCUUCAGCCUGUAGGAGGUGGAAUGUUUGGUCGUAGUUUGGCUGAAACUGUCAAGUUUGAAGCCAGGCGUGGAGGAGGAUAUGUCCCUCUCAUAGUUUCCAAAUGUGUAAACUUUAUCAAGACAAAUGGUAAGAAAAAAGUAGGUAGUAGAGUUGAAAAGUUGAAGCUUCAAAAGGUGCUGAUGUCUUUUGUUGACAGAAGAAGAGGAAAUACAGGUCUAGUUCUGGUUUGGAAAGAAUAAAAUAACUUUAUCAGACAUAGUGUUGACGAGUCGCAUCAAGUUUAAAUGGGAGUUUUCAAAGGCGAGUGUUUGUAAAGGUUGUUAUAAUCAGAGGGAUUUACUAUCAAAAUUGACCUUUUUUAAUGCUUCAGCCUUUCUCCUUCAAAAUAUUAAAAUUCCUUAUCAAAAGAGAAGUACAAUUGUUUGUCUUAAGAAUUGGCUACAUUGGAUGUGGACCAUAAUUUUUCAACUGCAUACUGCUAGUCGUCUUCAGGUGAUGAGGUUGACUGAGUUAAACUUCAUAUGCACAAAGUGUUUCGCAAAAUAGUGACCAUUUUAUUUGAGGCUCUUGGCCUCUAAUCAUCAGUAUGUUUGUUUUGUCUAUCACUCAUUUAUGAUGGAAAAUUUCAUUGCCAUUAUCAUUUGUUUAAAGCUUCAGAAGCUGAAUGCCCUGGGAUAAUUUCUAGUGACAUGAUAUAUAACAAAAUUGAAAUUUUGAAAGAAAAGAGUGAUAAAAUCUGACAGAAAUGGAGGGGAGGUAAUUAAAAGUAGAGAAUAGAAAAAAAUGUUUCUUUGAAGUUGCCCCAGCCCCUAGUUACUUGAAAUUUAUUGUUUGUGUUCACCACUGACAAUUGGUUACAUGAACUUGUAAAUAUAAAAUAUUAUGUGAAAUGUAACAUACCAAAUUUUUCUUUUGAUUUUCAAAGGUUUGUUUGAGGAGGGUUUAUUUAGAUUGCCAGGCCAGGCAAAAAAUGUAGCAGAACUGAAGGAUGCCUUUAAUAGAGGUACAUGAUAUGAUGGAAACCUGUGUAUAGACCAUAUAAUAUAAAUUUAAUGUAAAUUUUCAAAAUUUACACCAAAAAUAAAAAUCUGCAUCUAUAUUUUAAAUAUGCAGGUUAAGUUCCCCCAUUAGUAUGUACAUUGACCCUUAAUAUUGUGUGUGUGUGUGUGUGUGUGUAUGUGUGUGUACACACAUAUCCUUGUGUACAAUUAUUUUUCAUUGUUUGAAAGCACAAUUGUCCUGUGAACAGGAGAGAUUCCAGAGCUGAUGAGCAACAAAGCUGAAGUUCAUUCUGUGGCAUCAGUGCUCAAGGCAUACUUCAGAGAACUCCCUGAACCACUCAUACCUUAUGAUUACUUUGAGGUGUUUUUAACUGCUGCAAGAUGUGAGUUAAGCAAUUAUUACAUACAAGUUUGUUUAUGACAUAUAAUGUGUUUGGUGCUCAGCCUUGUCUCAAGCAAGGUUCUUCCCAUUGUUCCAUAACAUUAUUUGUCUCUAUUAAAAUUCAUCACUUCAAAUUUUUAACUUCAUUUAUUUUGGUUCAUUACUCCAAUAAUUUGAAACUUAUUUCUAGGUUAUCAGUGCUCCCUAUGGCCUGCAUUAGAUUUAGAUUGUGAGAAAACAAAUUUAACAGAAACAUCACAGUAAAACAAUUAUUGCUAUAAGCAUCAAUUGCAGUAUGAAGAGAAUUCCAAUAUUAACUUCUGAAUACUAUUUUGUAGACUGAGUCAAUGUUAAUUGUGAUCAUUAAAAGCUAACUUUGCUGGCAUUUUGUUUACUAGACAGGUCCAAUAGAAUUUUAUUAAUCAAAAGCUACAUGUGAAGAAUCCACUAAGAAACAAUUAAAAUAUCUUACAUUGGGUAAUGCUGUAUUUGAUACAAUACAUAACAAUUUUUCUCAUGCUCUGACUUGUUGUUUCAACCAGGCCAUGAAAUGUACGUUGAUGAUGGGAUCACUGCAAUAAAGAAACAACUACAAACUCUUCCACUUCCAAACUAUCAUCUUUUAGCCUAUUUGUGGUAGGUUUGGUGGAGUUGUGUCGGUGGAGCAGAGAUUUUUCCACUUAAGCUUUUGUCAAUUAGCAAGUCCAACAAUCUUUUGCCCAGCCUAAUGUACAGGCUGUAAGGAUUGGGUGCAUAGUGGGUAUCUUGCUUCAUGUGGAAGGAGUCAUUUUGAACUAUUUUUUUUAAAAUUCAACGUUUUCUCACCCAAAUAGAUUAAUUGAACUUAAAAAUAUUCCAAACCUCCCCACCAAGAUUUUACAAGUGUAAUCAAAUUGAAACAAAACAGAGGAAAUUUCUUUAUAGCGGGGCUGACCUGCUUCCUGAAAACAUUCUUGGAAGAAGAGACCUUUCAUAGACCAAGGAGUUAUAAAUCUUGGAUUAAAAAAGAUCAUGUAUAUUUAUGACUUUUUUUCAUGAUUUUAUAAUAAAAAACAAGCAAUGCAUUACCUCGGAGAGGAUUGCAUACUACAUGUAUGAUCAUAAAUAUAAGUUUAGGCAGAUGAUGAAAUUGGGAUGGUAAUGUUUUCUUCAAAUAUCAUAUUUCUACACUUUCAGUGAGCAGGUCCAUGUUGUAAUUAAAUGUUUUGUAUUUGUUGGAAACAACAACACAUUUUUUGCCUUUUUUAGGCUGUGACAGCAAACUUAAACAAUGAUCUUUAUAUACCAUAGCUUUUUAUGCUGCUUUAUGCUUGAUUCUCUGUCAGCUAGCAAGUUAGAUGAGUAUUCAUUGAGUCAUUACUUUUCUAUUUUUUCAGUCGCUUUUUAUUUGAAGUUCAAGAACACUCUGAACAAAACAAAAUGGGUCCGAGGAACCUUGCAAUGGUUUUUGGACCAAAUAUUCUGCGGUCAGGGGUAGGUUACAUAAUCUUCCGGAAGAUUCAAAGAAGCACUCACUUUAUAGUCUGAAUGUACACCAUGUUUGAAAGCAAAAAAUCUAUAUAAAUUAUGCAUGUAAGCUUUUUAAAACUUGACUAAAAUGGCAUGAAAAAAGUUCCAGUUCAUGCACCAAUCCAAGAUAACUCAAGUACCACUCAUUAUUAACAACCAGACCCUUGAGGUAACUUUAGCAAAAUGAUUGAAUGGCUUAGACUUACAGUGCUCACCAUCCACUGUGUGAAGACAGUUCUCAGGUAGAGACAUCUAGACUAGUCUCUCAUGACAUUUAAAUCCAGCCAACUAUGCCAUGCAUUCCCUGUCCUCAGCAGUUGAGGUAACCCUUGAAUCGUAUGUAAAAGUUAUUAGGGAAAAUUAAAUAAUCACCAAUUUAAGAAGCUCCUGAUUGCUAAACAAAUUCUCUCUAUCAGUACCAUGGGAAAUGAAGAGAAUGUGAAUUCUGUUGUUGGUUCAAAAAGUAAACGUUAUUUUUGCGAAAAUAGGCAUUUGAGGUGUGAACUAUUUGAUCACAAGUCUUGUUUUUCUAUCAGUCAGAGGAUCCUCGGGUUAUGAUGGAGAGUACAAACUUAGUAACAGAUCUGAUCAGUAUCUUGAUCAGAAAACAUCAGUUGUUUUUCCCCGAAACUGAAGAUGUACAACCCCCUCGACAGCCUACCACAAGGUAACGUAAACUACCUUAUCAUUGGGCAUUACUACAUUAUAAAUGAGAAGCGAUUUUGGAAGUCAGAGGAAAAGCAUCGAUUUAGAAGGGCGGAGAUCCACCGGUAUCACCCACACUGUGUGGAACUUUCGAAAAGCCAGCAGUCCUUUCUGUAAACUUAACUUUAGUGGACGUUUAUGCGGCUGACUCCAGGUGGCUAGAAACAGUUUUAUAAGACUCUGAUCAGCUGUAUUCAGGGAGCCUAAAAACCAGCUUUGCCUCUUUGUAGUCGAACAUUUCUCACAGUUGUUGACCAGAGUAUUCAAGUUUGAAUUAGUGGGCGUGAUAUGACAAUCGCUGUUCUUAUGCUCAUGUUAUGGGGAAAUUCCAUUAAAUAGUUUUUGAGAAAGGUCUCAAAGCUCCUGAGUGGUGCAGAAUGAUGAUAAUGCAAAGUUUAUCGUUGAUCUAUCAGCUAUGCCAUGACACUGUUCAUGACAAGAACUCUAACAGCCAAUGGCCGAUAAUCAGAAUGCAAAAUGUUAAUAAAAGUUAUGUUUACUCGCAAUUUACAAGUUACGUGGAAAAUCACAAGGAUCAACACCAGCUGUAAAAUAGUGAAAUGGUUUGUUUUCAUUCGCAGCGGCGAUUUGAUUGAUUUUAAUCCUGACUCCCUCCGGACUCAGAAAAGCGUAGACAUCAGCUAUCCUGAUAAUGAAGACGAUACACGUAUGUACCUAGUAAGGAGGGGAGGGGUAAGGGAGGAGUAAUGAAGGAGUAGGGGAAAGGGAGGACAGGGGUGGGACAUGGAGGGAUGUUAAGUCAGUGAUUCUAAACUUAUUGACCGCCAGACACCGUAGUCGUUUUGUGUGGAGGUUGUUAAGAUACCAGGUUGGCACAGGUUCGUAAUGUGUAGCAUCGAUGAUAUUGAAGUUCUUCGCAUUCUUCGAGCUCUAACCAGUUUUAAGCUAUUCUCAGCUGUUGAUUAGAAUGAAAACCUCAGUGUAAGAUAAAUACAAUUAUUAACUAAGGUGUAUUCCUAACAGCGGAAAUGAUACCUCUAAAAAGACUAAUAGAGCAUUGAAUCUGUUUUAGCUGAAGAUCCUCGAAGCCAGGUGCUUGAAUUGGAAAAUGAACUAGAACUUCAGCAGCAGCAGAUUAAGGAUCUUCAAUCAAGACUUGAACAAGAAAGGAAAGUUCGCGAAAUGCUGGUGUUGCGGUUAGCAGACGAACAAAGAGCGCGGUAAGUUGUUGGCUUGGUACUUUGUACUGCUGAAUAUCUUCCAUCAUUAGUAGAGGAAUCGUGAACACGAUAACCCCCUCCUCCCCCCCUCCCUGAAUAAGUUCGUGUCCUUUCUUUAAUCUUCUAACAAAUGUUACCCUUUUAGACAAAGCAGUUGAUUACCAAGUUUAAGCUGACUUUUUUAAGGGGGGAGGACAGGGAAAACAGACAUGGUAAACCAGAUAGUCAUUGUACUUUUUAGGGCUAUAAAGAAAGAAAUUUCCAAAAUUAGUGACUUUUAAGCUCUCCUGCUAGUUCCUUCAGCCAGAAAAAAUGUACCAUUGAAAUUGCUCGUUGUUUAGGGACAUACAUAUACGUCUAUAGAAACUGAAACUAAAUCUGAUACACGUCCACGGGACGACAUACUGUUGCUUUAAGGGUUUCUCGAAAUUUAAUCAUGUUUUGAAGGUGCUUGUGUUUUGCAGCAUCAAAUUCAUGUUCAAUUUUCAUGGUGGAUUUUAAUUGCUCCCGAAAAUCUUAAUGAUUUGUUUCCCUUGUUCAACAGAGAGUCUGCUGAGGACCGUCUGGAAAAACUGCAAGCCGCUAUGGAGGAAUUUUGUGCCAAAUAUGGCAGUUGGGAGCCAACUAAUAGUUAGACUUCAUUGUGUUGACAUUAGUCAAUGUAUGUCUCUGAAAUAUCUGUUGUUUCAAAAAGUUUUAUCACUCAGGCCAUGGCUUGCCGUACGCAAUGGACGGUGUAGCAAACGGGAAAGCCACAUACAAAACCCAAGAUGAAGUCGCGUGAAGUUUAGAUGGUUGUCUCCUUCGCAGUCGUAGUGUACUCUCACUCAGCACUCUCCGUGCCCCCCCCCCCGAGGGUGUUGCGCGAUUAAGGAACUGCAUUGAUGUUUAGCGUGAAUGCUUCGUAGAACUUAAUUUAAGUCCUGAGUGAAGUUAGAUUAGUUAGAAAUAUUUCAUUUUAAUGACAAAGAGAUAUUGAUCUGAAAAUCAUCAUAUUGCCUGAUUUAAUUCAGCUGAUCAAUCCCGAAAAUUUCGAGAAACUAGACCGAAUUCGAUAAAUGCAUCGAUUAUCAAAAUCGCUCAGAAUCUCAUUGUGCUAGCUAAAUAGAAAGAUAGAAGGAUAUCUUUUUGGGGAAGAAACUCCUAUUGAUCGCCGUGGUUUAAAAAUGUGAUGGGAAAAAUGAAAUAAGGAAAGGAUACGCGGGAAAAAUGUAUUUUGAGACGGUUUUAAAUUUACUUUUCCUCUGCCUUUUCGUUUUUGAAAAAGAAAUGCAGCCUUUAAUCACUGUGUAUAUCUAUUUUUGUACAAAAAUUCUCAAGCUUAUUUUAUACGAAAGGUUAACCAUCGAUAGGGUUAAUUCCUAAAUGGGGUCAUAUAGAAAUGGUUAAGACUUUUAGGGAAGUUUAUUUGCAAUCUUCAGCAUACUCCGGAAUUCUCAAUUUGUAAUUGCUUCUAUUAACGAACACUUGUUUGUUACACGCGCCUCAAUCUUACACAGUUAAAUCUCCACAGGUAAUCAUAGCAAUAUUAGUUCAACUUACAUGAUGAUUAUGGCCCUAAACCCUUGCUGGAAAUUUAGUCGUUCGUAACCCUUGGAAUUAAAAGAGCGUCCAUGUACUGGAAAGUGUGGAAGUCUUG